CGACAACUAGCUUGUCUUGUGGCUUUACAACCAACAAGAGCCACGUUACAGAAAUACAGCUACAUUUUCAGAAAUGGGGAACAAAUAAAGAUGAGCCAAUAAAAUAUGAAUUAAAAGAAAAUAAGGAACUGGAUCCAGAAAAAGGAAGAAUUAGACACUGAGUGGAAAUGGAAAUAAAUUCACACAACAAGAUGUCUAUAGAUUUAACAGCUGCACUGACUGUCACCAGAUUCCAGUCUUGGUCUCCAACCAUAAUCUCAGAAGUGUUCAACAACUCCAAUGGCUCCUCAUUACCCCCCAAACAAUGUGUCCGUGACACUCGAAUCUCCCAAGUUGUGUUUCCAGUCCUCUACGCCCUUGUAUUCUUACUUGGAUUGUUGCUGAAUGGAUUCUCCAUCUGGAUUUUCUGCAAAGUUCCCAGCCACACUGUUUUCAUAGUCUACCUGAAAAACACAUUGGCUGCUGACUUCGUAAUGAUUUGUAUGUUACCUUUCAAGAUCCUUACAGAUUCUGGAAUUGGGUCACUGCAAAUGAAGGCGUUCGUUUGCCGCUUUUCGUCAGUAGUAUUUUACGUAUCUAUGUACAUUAAUAUAAUACUUCUUGGACUCAUUGGUCUUAAUCGUGUUCUAAAAAUUGCACGGCCAUUUGGAAAGAAGUGGGUGGAUAAUGUGUUCAUUGCAAGAGCACUUUCCAUAGCAGCAUGGCUUCUUAUGUUUGGAAUAUCCAUACCAAAUAUGGUACUUUCUAAUGAAAAGGCAACAGAGCUUACUGUUAAGAAAUGUGCUUCUCUAAAAAGCAAACUGGGUAUCAAGUGGCAUGAAGCAGUAAAUCAUUUUUGCCAGUUUAUAUUCUGGACUACUUUUACCCUCAUGGUAAUAUUCUACACAAUUAUUUCAAAAAAGGUUUAUGAAUCAUACACAAAUUCUAGAAGCAGAGACAGCAGCACAACAAAGAAGACGAAAGCAAAGGUUUUCAUUAUUGUUGCAGUAUUUUUUCUUUGCUUUGCGCCUUUCCAUUUUGCAAGGGUUCCCUAUACAAUUAGCCAAACGGGCGGCAUAAAAGACUGCAAUGUGCAAAACAAACUGUAUAUUGCUAAAGAGACUACGCUCUGGCUGGCUGCCACCAAUGUCUGCAUGGAUCCUCUGAUAUACAUACUGUUGUGCAAGCCAUUUCGACAACUGCUAACAAAAGGAUCUCGUUCUGCAACUACAAGUAUGGAGGCUCAAACCUGCCAAGAUUCAAGAAUGUAGAAUUGCUAAUAACAAACCAUGGCUGAGUUCAUCAUGCACUCUCAGUUCAACAUAAUGGACUGUUCUAAAUUUUGACACAUAAAGUAAGAGUUCAAUGCUUUAACAUGUUUCAAACUCAUUACUGUUCACAAAGCAGGAAGGAAAGGGCUACUGAAUAAUACACAGUGAUCUACAAGACUCAUUUAUAAGAUGCGGAUGUACCACUGUGCAGAAUUUAAAUGGGGUAGUGAGUUCAAGGGUGCCCUGUUCUCAACAACUCAGGGCAGACUUUUAGUACAAUGUUUUCUUGCACAUUGCGUCUGAUGGCACUUGAGCCUAGCAUGUUCUGAUACUAAGCAGGGUAGGGGUGUUCCUGGGAAUGUCUAUGUCUGACCCAAGUGAUACCACACAUGCUGAGCUGAUACUGAGGGAAGAGCAAAGAGUUGCACGUAUGAGCACAGGACACAAAUUUCAGGGUCAAAGUGAAUACAAUAAAGGGAUUUAAAAAAAUGCAUGAAAAAAAUAAUAAAACCCUACCUCUGAAUACUUAAUAAUAGAGCAGAAUGGAAAAUGUUGAUGAAUUUGUUAAAAAUACAUAUUUAUACUCAACUGUGAUUAUAAUUUUCAUAUAUUUUUGAUUAAAAGAAAUUGAUUGAAUA